AUGUCAAGCGAUAGUGAAAACUCUUCAAAUGAGGACUAUUCUGAUCAUUUGCACUUGUUCAAAUCUUCUUUAGACGUGGGAUCGCAUUUCAUUGAUAUAGAGCCAGAUAAUGAGUUGGUAUUUGUUUAAUAAUAAGGCAGCCUGCAUGCAUAAUUGAUGAUAAAAAACGUAACCUCUAAGGCAAAUAUUGCUUUUUUCAUAUUUACUUCCUCAACUAUUCCUAUUGAAAUCAUUCCUAAAUAUGGAUUUUUGAGCCCAACUUAUUAAUAACCUGUGCAAUUAACAUGGAAAGAGAACACUCAUGCAAUGUUUUUCAUCAAGGCUCUUCCAAUUAGCAAUGAAAUGAAUGUAACUAAAUGCUAUUAAUAGUAAAUCUAGGUUUAAGAAAUGAAUCAGAAUAUUGAUGAGGUUUUUAAUAACUACAACGUGAAUAUUUUAUUUACAGUUGCAGCUUUACCAGCUAGAGUAACCAAUUUAGUUCCUUUUAUCAAAAUGAAUGAGGGUUAAACAAAAGGAAUCAAUUAUUAAACUUAAAGUUCAUCAUUAACUCCUACGAAUAGAGUAGAACAGAAAACAAAUAAUCCAAGCUCUAGUAAAUAAUUUACUGAAGAUAAAAAAAAUCAAAAUGUGGAGAUCAAGUAUGUAGAUAAGAAUAAAUAGUCUUUUGGCAGGGUUCAUCCAGAGUAAUAGUUUUAGGAACUUGAUAGUGAGAAUUAUAGAAAUAAAAUCAACAGUAGCAUUAAUGGUGGAAAUUAUGAAAAAGAAGAGGAGAAGGAAUAAGAUAGAGGCAAUAAAAUGGGCUCUCAAUCAAUACCAUCAUAGGAGUACGCUAAUGAGAAAAUAGGUCAUUACAUACCAAAAACUAAAAGAGCUGAGAUAUCCAAAGAAAUAAGAGGAGCUCAUUUCAAUCUUGGAUAUGACAAUGAGAUAGGCUAGUCAGUAUUCAAGGAAGAUUACAAAGCUAGUGUUUUAGAAAAUAAUAAGAAAGAAGGAGAAAGUGGAUCAAAGUUUCUCGCAUAAAAUAGGAAGACUAAUAUUGCACUGAGUGCUUCAAAAACUUUCUAUAACCAGACAGUGAACAAUCAGUUUUUCAAUCUUAGACAAUCGUUGUAAAAACCUGAUCUUACUCAAGGUAAAGGCCUUGGGGCAGAUGGAAAAUUCAUAAAUCCAGAAGUAUUAAAAAGCGAUUUGUAAAAGGAGCAUUUUAAACUUGGAAGUGAUUAGUCAACUCUUAAGACAACAAAUAUGGAUUUAGAUGGACUUCAGAAUACAAACAAAGAGUCAAUAGCAUAUGAAAACGCUUAAGAGAAAAAGAGGAAUUAGAAGAUAAAAUCUGAAAUGAGAUAAACUCAUUUUAACUAUGGAAAAGAUCAAACAGUCUACUCAACAAGCAAUUUCUCAAAUUUUAAGGAACAUGAUCUUGCCUCUGUUAAUGAUAAGGAAAUGAGAAACGUUAAUAAUAUUUUCAAAGGGUUGAGUGAGUCAUAGAGUGGCUAAAGAUUUAAGAGUUAAUCCGCGAUAGGAAAGAUAAAUGAAUCUCCUUUGAAAGUUAUUUAAGAAAAUUCUACUUUUGAAUAGUAAUCUCCAAUGAAGUAAAUUAGUCAACAACUCAAGAAAAGCAGUAUUGAGAUGGGAAAGAAAAACAUGCCAGAUUAUACUUCAAUGAAUAAGUUACAACAACAGACAAUAUUGUAUGGUGGAAACGGCUCUCCAUAGCCAUUUAGAUCAAGCAAAUAUAGUCCUACUUCAAAUGGUAGAAUUGAAUCUAAAACUUCACAAUAAACAUUCUCAAAACUUUAAAAAGAUGAAGAUCAUGAUUGUGGCAGAGCUUCAAUCAUGAAAGUUCAUUCUAUGGAAAAUAUAGAGGAAAUAAAGAGACUUAAAAAUAAUCUAGCUUCAAGUCAUUUUGUAAUUGGAGAUUAGAGAAUUACUCUUAAGGAGGCAAGAACCAUCUCAAAGGUAUCUUAUCCUGGUGGUCAGGAAAUGACCUCAGCUCUUGAGUAAUCUCCAGUUGAUAAAAGAAACAAUGAAAAACUUAGCAAUUACCUUAAAAAAGAAAGCUUUAAAGUAGGAUAGUACAAUAACCAUAUAAUAAAUUAGAAAAAUCUCUAAAACUUCUAUACUUCGGUUUAUAAAAAUACAAAUGACCUUGAAAAGUUGAAGCAAGGGAAACCUGCAGUCAAAGCAGAGUGUGAUGCUAAUCUAGCUAGUAUUAACUUAGGUUCCUACAAUGAACCCGAAUUAAUUAAAAAGCUAAGCGAGAAAUAGGCUAGAUUCAGUGGAUCAUAGGCAUAGUAAUUAACCAAAGAAGAGUUGCUCAAAGCGAUGAAUGAUAGAGAAAAACUUAGUAAUAAAAUAAGAAGUCAUAAUUUUGAGCUGCACUACAUACCUAAGAAUAGCAUUGAUGAAAAACUUCACUUUGACUCAGUUUAGAAUUAAAUGCAUAAGAAAAUACAUGAUUCUUAUAAUAGAGAUGAUUUCAAUCAGUAAAAAGAUAACUCUUAACAACUCAAAGCAUAUUUAUAAAAGAGCCAUUUAAGCAUUGGCAACCAUAAUAACAAUCAAAAUCAACUGCAAAAUGAUAUGAAACUUUCAAAUACUUAGCAAUCAUAAUUUGAUGGGCUGAGCAAUUAGAGGCAAAGAAAUUUUAAUCAGAAGCCAGUUAAAAGCAUGAGAACAAAUAGCGAGGUUGUUUUGGGGAUAGGAAAAAAUGAUUAUGGAACAAGCAACAAAAACUUUUUUGGUUGGAUCUAACCAAAGGUUUAAUUAUGA